AUGGAACCUGAGAAAGAGGAAGCUAGGGCGCCGGCUGCCGGAGGCGGCGCGGGAACGACCUCGUGCCGGAAGAAGAAAUCCGAUGACGCAAGCUUCCUGGAGGAUCUGAGGGACCACGUCGACGAGUUCAUCCACGCCUCCAUGGACGAGCACAAGACCUGCUUCCAGAAGACCAUACGGAAGGUAGGCUUUGGGGUUUUCUGCUAACUCACUCAGUCGCUCGCCACGAUUAGAACGAGAUCAUGAUAGACGCUGUCUUGAAGCGCGGUUUCAGAUGUUCGGGAUGUCCAAGGUUGUCGCCGAGAGGAGUUCGGCGGCCGCCAAUGCCGGGGAGGUCGAGAGCUCUCUCCCCCUCCAGACGAGCGUCUCCAAGUAG